ACGUUCAGGUUUAUCGUAGAGAGAGAAAAUAGCAAUCAAGAGUGUUGUCUGUGACAGUUGCUAUUUCAAUAAAAUACAAUUAAAAACAGUUUUUAUGGACUUACAAUAUUAAAUAAAAUGAAUCGAAAUUUACGUACUUAUAUUUUUAAUCGAAAUAUUUAUAAAUUUUUCGAAACAAGUAAAAGAUCAGCAGGUCAUAGCAAAUGGCAAAAUAUAAAACAUAUAAAAGCAGAAACCGAUCAAGCAAGAUCUAUAUUAUUUAUGCAAUUAAGAAGAAAGAUAAGAGAUGCUGUUUUUGAGGGUGGUGGCAGUAUAAAACCAACGAUAAAUCUAAAAUUAGCACGUGUCAUAGAACAAUGUAAGAAAUCAAACAUGCCUAUGUCAACGAUAAAUAAUAUCCUAGAUAAAAUAGAUUGUUCUAAAGAGAAGACUCAGACUACUCUGCUCCAAAUUCAAGGACCAAAAAAUUGUAUCAUGGUUUUAAAAAUUGUGACAGAUAAUAUAACAGAGACAAAAAUGCAUCUUAAUUCCGUACUAAAAAAAAUCAACGCUAAGAUUUUACAAGCUGCAAUAAACGGAUUUUUCGACCAUAAUGGCAUUAUAAUAACCGAGGCAAAAUCUACAUUGGAAACAGCAAUGGAAAAUGCAAUAAAUGUUGGAGCUGUAGACAUUGAAGAGAUAGAGGAAGAUGAGAAUAAAUAUUAUAAGUUCAAAUGUGAUCCACAACUUUUGAUAAAAAUAACAAACCAAUUGAAAAAUCUUGAUUAUAGUGUCAUUGAUACGAAGGAAGAAUUACUUCCAUUAAUUUGUAUAAAGUUAAGCGACGAAGAUCUACAAGUAGUUCAAUCAGCUCAACAGAGACUAUUAAGAAUAGAUGAAAUAGAAGAAAUAUAUGAUAAUGUAGACCGUAAUAAUAACUUAUGAAGUUAAAUAUUAAUUAUCAGGGGUAUCAAUCUGCAGUGUAAAUGGAGAAUUACGUGUAUAUAACAGCAAUUAAUAAAAACGAAUAUACAGUUAUAAAUUAAAUAAAAUAAAUAUUUUCAACACAUUAAACUUUAUAUGACUUAAAUACAAAAUUUUUACAUUAUUUAUUUAUGAAUAACAUCGAUUAAUUUCAUAUACGAUCCUUUACGUUAUAUCAACUUCUAUAUGAAAUUAUUCAUAUACAUAAUAUUUCAUAGAUAAAUAAAUAAUAUUAUAAAUGCAUCAAUAAAUUAUAAAUUUAAUUAUACAACACACUCACACAUUACGAAUAUUUCAAAAUAUUGGAAAAUAAUAUACAAUUUGGCACAAGAAUUGUUUCAAAUAUAUUUUAGAAUAAAUCUUGGUUUCUGUGAUAAUAAAUUGAUACACAUAUGUAUAUA